CAGACCUGACAUCGGUGCAAUCUGUCAUUCAAGUCAAAAGGAUAGAGAGGAGUGCACAGUAGGAGGAAAUUACUUGUUCCAGCCUAGAUUUGCUCAGCCGAGGCUCCAGGAGCGUUCAUUCUUAUGAACUGCACACAAAGCAGGAAGCGUCUCUGUGCAUUUAGUUGUGCGAUCUCUUGCGCUGAGAGGACAAUGCCUUUGAGGACCGGACUUUUUCUCCUGAUGGUGCUGAAUGCAUCUGCAUAUGAACUGGAGCAAAACGAGUCCUAUUCACCCAGGAGAGUACGCUUUUCUGUCAACAGCCCUUCAGAUGUGGCACGCUGCCUCAACAGUGCCCUCCAAGUUGGCUGCGGAGCGUUCGCUUGCCUGGAAAACUCGACGUGCGACACAGAUGGCUUACAUGACAUCUGCAAGUCCUUCCUGUACAGUGCUGCUAAAUUUGACACUCAGGGUAAAGCGUUUGUAAAGGAGAGCCUUAAGUGCAUCGCCAACGGCAUCAUCUCCAAGGCAUUCCCCACCAUCCGCCGCUGCUCCACCUUCCAAAGAAUGAUAACCGAAGUCCAGGAGGAGUGCUACAGCAGGCUGGGCAUCUGCAAUGUUGCCCGAGUCAACCCAGAUGCUAUUGGUGAAGUUGCACAGCUGCCAAGUCAUUUCCCCAAUAGGUUUUAUGGUAAGCUUCUACAGAGCCUGAUGGACUGUGAUGAGGACACGGUUGACCGUAUCAGGACCAGCAUGGUGCCACGGCUGGGCCCGGAGAUGACCAUGCUCAUUCAACUGCUGCAGAACAAGCCCUGCCCGUCCACCGCCGGGGCAGCGGCCUCAGUCGUCCCGACUGGCGCGGAGACCCGCUGGCGCUGGUCCAUGGGUCCCAACAUGUACAAGAUCCAGCCUAAUCUGCGAAACAGAGACUCUGCUAGUCAUUUAGGCAAAAAGCGCCCUGGCAGCGACGGGUCCUAACUUCGGCUCAGAUUAAGAAAUAGCCACCCAGUAAGUUCGGUCAUUCCCCAGCGGUGAUGAAAUCUGUGUCUCUGCUAGUUUGGAAGUUGUUGAAACAUGCACCUCUUAGGAAUACCGGACCACCCAUACAGUUGAUAUCAGUUUGAUUGUUGUUAUAUUGUAUAUCCUACAUGUUAGGCUUGAGUGAACCCGUCUUUCAUUGACUGAUUUCAAAUACGUCUGCUCACAGUCUGUGUUGAACAUGUGGCCGACAAAAACAAGGUGUCGUUAUUCAAAAUUCGCUCAUGAAUAUAAGUCAGUGGUUUGACUAUCAUUGGUUGAAAUUUUUUGGUAGAUGUAUGUUAUGAGCAUGAGAUAUGAGUGUCAUAGCACUUAACAUAACACUUAAAUGUACUGUAUACUAACUUAUAUGAGACAGCCAUAAUCUGCCCUCUAAAAGAGCGCUCAUAUGGACUAGGUCUGUAGAGGUUUCUGGAGAACCUUCGAGAGGUUACCUUAAAGUGACCAAAAAACACAUAAAAACUGCCCUGAAUGCUAUCCACAAAAAAAUGCCAAAAUUACGUUUAGCUAUAUAUCACAUAGAGUUUAGGAUUUAUUUUCUGAUGGCAGGAAAAAAAAAAAAAAAAGAUUGUCCAGGUCGCGGCCAAGUCUAUCGAAUAUCUUAUAUCCAGACACUUGCAAUGCAUAAGACUGUUGAGCUACAUGCGGGACCAGUUUAGUUCUUAACUGAGCGCGGAGCAGCAAUGUUUCGCGCAGUAGCUGAAUGACAUGUUCACUGAUGAGAGUGAGAACAGCCAUCUCUUUGGACUGCGGUGAUCAUCGUUCUCGGAAGUGAAUCAUGUAACACUGACUUCCUGUAUCAAGAUAGAGACUGAUUAUUUAAAAAAAAACAAACAAACAAACAAAAAAAAGCCUUGAUGAUAUUUAUUUUCCUACUAUAUUAUUUAAUGUUUUUAUUAUGUUAUGCAUUAUUGUAGUUUUACAUAGUUUACAGGUUACUAGCAGUUUAGACAUGACUCCUAUUUGAACAUGAGCUCUAUGCCAAAAAAAAAAAAAGAGAGCAAAAGGUGAGAUGACACUCUGGUGACUGGGACCCAUGUCAUGACUCUGUGCUGGCCAUAGGGGAACAAGGUUGGUCAUUCAGGUCAGGUGAUUUAAUUUAUGGGUGUUUCAAGAGACUGCUUUGGUUUUAAAACAAAAGUUGCUGUUGUCGUUUGCUGGAAGUCCACUUUUAGAGAACAUUGUGCAUUUUAGGGAUGAAUAACCAAGUCAGUAAAACAAACACCAGUGUAAAGUACUCUUUUUUAAUGAAGUGUUCCCUAAUAUAUCUACACUACAUCUAUAAUCUGGUUUUCAUAGAAAGUGAUGCGCUGCUAUGUCUGGCUACUCUGCACAUAGUGACGUAGCAUUAGUUUUGAACAAGUCAGCAAGUAAAUCAGAAUAUUCAUAUAAAUGUCUUUAUUCUGAAUAGCGCGGUUAAACAGCAGAGCAUAAAGAGAAAUAACACACUUAAAACAUACUUUCCACUUUUCCUUGUUUGUGUGUAAGUUAAACUUACCACUGCAGGACAGCUAACUCGAACAGGAAGUUAGAAAAGUUGCAGUUUAGCGUCCGUUGCCUUUAAAGUUGUGGGAUUUAGAUCUGGUGGCCAUGUUUGUUAGCUUUUAGACACUGCUGCUGUAGCCAUUAGUUAAACGUUUCUGUUUAAUAUACAUUAAAAGUCCCUCUGGCAAUCAGCCACAGCUGCUAAUAUUCCUUGGGUUGUGAGAAAAAUCAAAAUCUGCAGUGGCCUUCACAAAGCCUAAGGAGCAUUUGUUAGUGUGUUUUACUUGCUCUAUAUUUGUCUGCAUCCCCCUUUGGAGCAAUUGUUUGUGCAUGUGCUUUUUUGGAAUCAUAAAAGUAUAUAUAUAUUUUUUAAAGGUAUGAAUCAUUUCAGGGAUAUUCUGCACUAUUCGUUAUUCUGUCACUGAUUUUGACGAAUGGUCCUUGGACUGCAAACACCAAUUUUAGCAGAUUCUGGUAGUUUCUCUUAAAACCUAUAAAGUAAGAAGACAUCCAAAAAAAAUUUAUAAUAAUUUCUAACUGUCUUGUUGGGGGAAGACAUUUGUUCUUUACGUUAAGAAGAAAUCAAGCUGCUCUAAGACAUAUACGUACAUUAGCAUACUUGGCUAGCAUAACCAAUGCAUCGUUUUCGCUGCAUUCAAUUGAUCAAACUUCACAUAUUUAUCUGAACUCAUUUCAAAGGUAGUUUGUUUUGUAACAACGUCGUUAGCUUCUUCUGAUAUUAUUAUGACGCAUCUCUCAUUUUCACCACAACAUGAAAUCUUCUAGUCAAUCUUAACAAGUAACUGUAUUUUAAACUCAGCUCAUUUACAGCAACACAAUAAUUCAGAUUGAAUAGGUUUAACCUUGAGCCACUCAGAAGGGUCUUCAUGCUGGUGUUUGUUUUAAAUUGAACCCGGUUGAUGGAUUAUGGUUUGGCACUGUGGACUCCUAGUAGAUGGCUUCUGUUGGCUUAGAGUGGAGUAAGUUCAGCUCAAUUAAACCAACUUAUUAAAAAACGUGCACCUCAAAGAAGGCAGUAUAGAAGCGAACUUCUACCUAAAUUUAAGUUUGAUUUAGAAUAUCAAUUAUUUCAAAUAUUAAACACCACAAAUUGUUUUGAUUACUAUAGUUUUUAUUUUUAAAAGUGAUUCUUUUAUUAUUAUUUUUUCUUUUUUUUUUACUUUGGCUUCAUUAAAGGAACUGAUGGCUGUCUCUUUUCAAUGAGAACAAUUUUGUCUUGGAUUGUUUAGAGUGAAGCACAGAUCUUGGAAAGAAAAAGUUUUAUUUUUCAGUCUCACUUUAUGAGCUACGCUAAGAAUUCCAAACUAUGCAAUAAUCACUCGCAAAGGAUUCACUGCAACACGGAAAUUGAUCUUUAGCUCAUGCAUGGCCAGCUGACGCUGCGUGAGUAAAGCUGCACCAUGCGUGUGCUCUCGUGCUGCACUCACGGUGUGAAGGCAUCGCACCUCUAUGAUGCUUUCUUUUUCCGUGCUUUGUCUAGACCAGUUCUUCUUUUGUUCUGUGAACAGGAACGCUUCUUUCAUGUCAUGCUGUGCAAAAUGGGAAAGGGGGCGGGGAGGGGGGAGACGUUCCGAAAGAAAUACUGGGUAGUUAAGAACUAUAGUGACACUGUAGUAUAUACUAGCUUGUAUUUUAUUUUGAAUUUGCACUUUGCAUCUUAACCACUAUAAAGGGCAUUGAAAACAUUCAGCAUGUGUGCAACUGAGGCAUAUUUUACUUACCCAGUGAAUGGAGAUGAGUUUGAAUACCGCGUAUCCUGAGGGGGUCAGGGCUUCUUCAUGUCCUCUUGAUCCAUUUGUGUGUAUCUUUGUUGACCAUGGGUAAAUCCAAAACCCAACAGCUGCUGCUAAAACUACCCUGUAUGAUGCUGGAACCUGUCAGCACACAACGAGCUCGGCAUCAGUCAUUUCAGACGUCUCACUGUUGAUCCGUGUCUUCAUAUUUAUUUUUUUUUUUCUGUCAUGUCGGACUCAUUUGGCAAGGGCAAAUCGACUGUUUCCUCACCAAGUAAAAAUGUAACAGUAAUUUUAGAGAAUGUACCUGAAUACUGAAUGUCUCCAGACAAGGACAGGCCUAAGUCGGCCGAUGAAAGCCUUCGAGAAAGCUCAAAGUCGCAGAAGUUUUGUCUUGGUUUUAUUUGAAUUCCUUCUUUUCUCCAUUUUAAUCCAGGUAUUGGGAGUUUAAGAUGAAACUGGAGCACUGUUAAAUUGUCCCGUGGUGAGCUUUGUCAGACUGUUCCUGUUACUAUUCAAAAUUAAAACCCUCUUCUCACUUCUGGAGCUUCAUGGUACUCGUUCCCCUCGAAAACUUGAACUAAGAUUUUUGUGCUUUAAUUUGAAAAGCUUCAGUGAUUAGUAAAAGUCUGUUUUCAUUUCCAUACAACAGUGACGCUUACUUUUACAGAUUCAAAUAUAUCAGAUCCAAAAGCGUGUCUCUAUUAUGGAUCACUGAAGUUCCUCAAAACAGAUUCUAUGUAACGCAUGAUAAACCCUUGUGAAUCACUUGCACUUUAAAAUAUACCCAUACACAUAUAUGCCCACACUGUGUAUAUGUUUGGGUUUUUCCUCUGUACUGAAAAGUCAUAAAAGAUACAAUUGCAUCAACUGUGUGUCUUUUGCUGAUAAGAAAUAAAAUAUUUCUCAAAUCUA